AUGAAUAGAAUUUUGUCUUUUACAUUUUAUUUAUUUUUUUUAUAUUUGUAUAUAUAUAAAACAUAUGGAAAACUUAAAAAUACACAUCAGGAAUUAUCAGAUAUAUAUGGAACAAAAUAUUAUUUAAGAAACGGAUUAUAUAAUGAAAAAAAUAGUAAAGGACAAAAAUAUGAAGAUUUAAAAAAAGAAAAAGAAGGUGAAAAUAACGAUGGAGAGGAUUUAAAUAGUGAAGAAAUGAAUAAGGAUCAAGAAAAUGAACUAAUGGAAGGUCAAGACGAAGGCCCUAAAGAAGACCAAGAAGGUGCCAAAGAAGAUCAAGAGGGUGCAAAGGAAGACCAAGAAGGUGCCAAAGAAGAUCAAGAGGGUGCAAAGGAAGACCAAGAAGGUGCCAAAGAAGAUCAAGAGGGUGCAAAGGAAGACCAAGAAGGAGCCAAAGAGGACCAAGAAGGUGCCAAAGAGGACCAAGAAGGAGCUAAAGAAGAUCAAGAGGGUGCCAAAGAAGACCAAGAGGGUGCUAAAGAAGACCAAGAAGGCGCCAAAGAAGAUCAAGAAGGAGCUAAAGAAGAUCAAGAGGGUGCCAAAGAAGACCAAGAAGGAGCCAAAGAGGACCAAGAAGGAGCUAAAGAAGAUCAAGAAGGUGCAAAGGAAGACCAAGAGGGUGCCAAAGAAGAUCAAGAAGGAGCUAAAGAAGAUCAAGAGGGUGCCAAAGAGGACCAAGAAGGAGCUAAAGAAGAUCAAGAGGGUGCCAAAGAGGACCAAGAAGGAGCUAAAGAAGAUCAAGAGGGUGCCAAAGAAGACCAAGAGGGUGCUAAAGAAGAUCAAGAAGGAGCUAAAGAAGAUCAAGAGGGUGCAAAGGAAGAUCAAGAAGGUGCCAAAGAAGAUCAAGAAGGAGCUAAAGAAGACCAAGAAGGAGCCAAAGAGGACCAAGAAGGAGCUAAAGAGGACCAAGAAGGAGCUAAAGAAGAUCAAGAGGGUGCAAAGGAAGACCAAGAGGGUGCCAAAGAAGAUCAAGAAGGAGCUAAAGAAGAUCAAGAGGGUGCAAAGGAAGACCAAGAAGGUGCCAAAGAAGAUCAAGAGGGUGCAAAGGAAGACCAAGAAGGAGCCAAAGAGGACCAAGAAGGAGCUAAAGAAGAUCAAGAAGGUGCAAAGGAAGACCAAGAGGGUGCCAAAGAAGACCAAGAAGGAGCCAAAGAGGACCAAGAAGGAGCUAAAGAAGAUCAAGAAGGUGCAAAGGAAGACCAAGAGGGUGCCAAAGAAGACCAAGAAGGCGCCAAAGAAGAUCAAGAGGGUGCAAAGGAAGACCAAGAGGGUGCCAAAGAAGAUCAAGAAGGAGCUAAAGAAGAUCAAGAGGGUGCCAAAGAAGACCAAGAAGGAGCCAAAGAGGACCAAGAAGGAGCCAAAGAGGACCAAGAAGGAGCUAAAGAAGAUCAAGAGGGUGCUAAAAAUAACAAAAAAAAUAAUAAAAACAAUAAAUCAAAAAAAGGUGCAUUAAAUUUUUUAUUUAAAAUAUGA